CAGCAGUGUUGGUUAACCUUUGUGGAGGGGUGUGGCGGUGCGGUGGUGGUACUGUGGUAAUUCAGUGCUGUGGUGGGGCUGUGAUAGUGAGGCAGCCGAGUGUCAGAGAUGAAAGCGUCACAUCGUCUCCUAGUUGCCCUGACGGCAGCCAUACUGGUCACGGCGUCAGAGACAUCAGGUGCGGGAGACGAUGACCAAGGAGAAGGGUCGAUACAGGGCGGCUAUGAACCACAGUGGGAAUAUAUCUUAAGAGCGAAGCAACUUUACGAGGACCAGCUUACAGAAGGAGUGUGGAGUAACCCAAGUGAGAAGAAAUGGAAAAAAGAUGAAGAUGAGUGGUGGGCGCAGAAGAUGUUUGAGGAAAAGUUGAAUGACGCCAUAAAAUCAGGAUCUUAUAAAGUAUUGGAGAACAUACGCGUCAUGAACUACCCCGAAAAAAGAGUUUGGAGGAAGGACGAGAAGUGGAAGAGGCGGAGGAUGUCUUUGGAAUACUUAGUCGAGGCGUUGAGGGAAAAAGAUUCAGAGCUGCUACUCCAGGGGGACGGUUAUGGAGAUCUGACGGUGAUCAGAGAAGAGGAGGCGAAGGAGGAGGCGAAGGAGGAGGAGACGGAAGAAAACGAUGAUGUGAGUGAGAGCCUGUGUGUGCCAGCUCAGGACAUCUGGCCAUGUGAGUGUGACGACAAAGAUGGUCAGGUGGAAAUCAGCUGUUUCGGAAUAGUGAGCGCUGACAUACUGGACAGGGCCCUGAUCCCAGAGUACCCGUUCAACAACAUGACGAGGCUGUGGUCGAUGUACUCCAAGCUGGGACACCUUCAUAAGGAGAUCCUGCACGGGAAGACUUUCGAGGUGUUGGAUCUGACCAGCAGCGGCAUCGAGUCAGUGGAGGAGGGGGCCUUCGACGGCUGCCAGGAGCGUCUUAAUCUGCUGAGACUUACCACUAACCAUCUCAAGGUCUUCCCCUUCAAGGAUCUGCCUCUGUACCCUAGGCUCGAGACACUCGCCUUGGGGGGUAACGAGCUAGAGAGCCUUGAGGAGCUGGUGGGUCUACCUGAGCUGCCCCUCAAGGUCCUGUACCUGGGCAACAAUCGCAUUUCUGAGCUACACCCUGAAAACUUUCUCUCAGUGCCACAUCUGGGCAUCCUGGAACUGAACGGGAAUAACUUGACCAGCAUCCCGCCAAAGGUUUUCAUGCCUUUAGUGCAGUUGGAGUCACUCUAUCUCUACAAGAACCAUAUCAAGCACCUCGCGACGGGCUCCCUCUGGUUCUCAACGCCCAUCUUACGAGUCAUGGACGCCCGCAGCAACCACAUGGAGACAGUCGACGUGGAUGUAUUCAGGGGUGUCGACUACAGCAGCAAGAUCACCUUCGACUUCAACAAAUUCCACCACAUGUUACCUGAAGUCUUCGAGCCUAUCCUGAAAAACGUCUCCACUAACUAUGGUUACCUUAGCGUGAUGGGUACGAAGCUGGAGUGUGACUGUGACGUGUUGUGGAUCAUCAGUAACAAAGACUACGUUGAUCACCUCUUCUACGCCAGGUGUACCAACCGCACCUACCUGGACGCGCUCGACGUCCAGGUGCUGACUGAACAGUGUAAUACUACUAUUUCCACUACUACUACUAGUCUUCCUCUGUUGGACUACGAACAGAAGGAAGAGGAGGAAGGAGAGAGAAGGAGAGAGUAUGGCGGUAUCUACGAGGGUGGAGAUGUAGAUUCUACUGAAGGAAAUGAGAGUAACAGUAUCUUUGGUAUCUGUAACUGGUGGUUUUGGUAAGGAUUGUGAGGGUCUGGAAGUGAGGAUUGUGGUGGUAUGGAAGUGAGGAUUGUGAUGGUCUGGAAGUGAGGAUUGUGGUGAUAUGAAAUUGAGGAUUGUGAUGGUAGGUAAGUGAGGAUUGUGGUGGUUUUGGGCAAGCAUUAUAGCAAUAUGGAAGUGUAAAAAAGUGAUGGUAAUGGUAUAUAUCAAUAAAGAAAGAAUUUCACUUCUUAUUUUAAUUUUCACAAGAGGAAAAAUAUUCUUGUAACGUGACAGUAAAAAAAUUCAUCAUGGCAAACUACAACUGUUGUAUCUCACUUGAUAUUAAAGAAUACAUCACCACUUA